AUGGGGAAACGGCUUGAAGCCGAUACUUUAAACGUUCCAAAAAGUACACCAUUACCUGGUCAAGUGGAAAAUACGCCAAUGGUGCUCAUCAGACAUGAAGCUUUCGCUUUAAAAACUUAUUUAUUGAAACCAUUUCCACGCCGAUUAUCAAGAAAUUACAUUAGACUUGAUACAUAUAAUUAUAGACUGUGCAGAGCAAAGCGCGUAGUUGAGAACGCAUUUGGUAUCUUGACAAAAAAAUGGAAAAUUUAUAAAAGUACGAUUGAACUAAAAGAACAAACUACAACACUAAUAAUAUUAACAACAUGUAUAUUGCAUAAUUACUUACGAAUAAAAAAUUUUGAUAUUGAUACCACUGCAGUUCACUCGGAAAACGAAGAUGAAAUAACUCAAGGUGCCUUAAAUGAAUUUGAAAUUAAUAAUCGAAGAGGAACAAAUAAAUCUAUACAAAUUCUUGAACAUUUUGUAAAUGUUUGA